AUGGCGGAACCAGCGGGCAGAGACACCGCUCCUCCAACUCCAGUUCAGCACCGAGAAGCUUCCUUAGGCCCAAAGGAAGUCGCCUCCGAGAGUCAGACCCCAAGCGCCUCACACAAAAACCUAACGCUACAUGUCCCCGACGAUAUCCUCCAAAAGAUAUUCAUCUUCUACCUCCUCCACCCACCUUUCCGAUCCUUCACUCAACCCCACGCCCAACGUAAACACCUCAUUUGCUCCGGCCACCAACCCCUCUCCCCGAUAGACCUCGCCCUCGUAUGCAGCGCCUGGAAAGACCUGGUCGAUCACACCCCACAACUCUGGUCACGCGUCAACAUCCAAGGUCGACUCCUCCCCCAACACCUAGCAGCGCUCUCAACCUGGUUGACCAACUCCCGCAACCACGACCUAUCAUUCGAUCUAGAGUUCGCAGAAUUCCACGGUCGACGCACGACGCACGACGAGUACACACCCAACAAAGACAUGGAGUUCAGCGUCCUAAUCGGGAUCAUGGACGAACUGUCCAAACAUUCCACGCGGGUGAAAACGUUCAAUGUUACCUUGUACGGAGGCUUGACCAACGAACGCGCAGUCUACCCUCCCAUUUUCGAGUCGCUGGUGGCCAAGGGGGUCGAGUGGAGCCGGCUAGAGGAGAUCGGAAUCAAAGUCGACACCUGGAAGCCGACAGGACUACCCAUAUCCGGCAUGGUAGAGGAGAUGUUACAGCGAGCACCCAAACUUACCAGCGUCAUCAUCCCCAAACUCACGCCAUACGGGUUGGAGAAAUUCAAGACGCGCUACCCAUUCCCCGAAUACCCAUGGUACUGGCUCCAAGAAAUGACCAUACAUGGAAUCACAGUCCCCGACCUCCUCACCAUCCUCCCCGACCUCUUCGAACUCCGCGUUCUCAAAGCUUCAAUCUCAGACGGCACCGACGACGAUACACCCCGCAGUCAAAUCGUCCAUGUACCCUCCCUCCACAGCCUCUUCAUCUACGAAUACGACAUCGACUCGAGCAGAUCCAGCGUCGCUCUCUUCCGCUCCAUCUCCCUCCGCUCCUUGAAGAACCUCAGCGCCGUCAUCAAAGGCUCCCAGCGUCGACUCUCCACGGGGGAGGUCUACGGAUCCAUCUGCGAAUGCCUCGAAAGAUCACAAGCGAAGCUCGAAUCGCUCACCCUGGGCGACCACUUAACACUAGGCGCGGCGAACGUCGAACAAACCCUCAUCCAAUUCACGUCCCAGCCCAUCAUCAAGAACAACCUGCGAAAGUUAACCUUACUCAACCGAAUCGUCACCAGGAAAUUCAUCGACGCACUCACCUUUAGCGACCCUUCUGCCCCUGUCCUCCUUCCCAAACUCGAACAUCUCAUCCUCUCGAGGUGGUCAGUUGGGUCCCCGACCGCAAGGGGUAUCCUGAUGAAUAUGGCGAUCACGAGAAGCCAGGUAGCGCCGUUGAAGACGUUGAAAGUCAUAUUCGGAGAAGUCGCAGCGGUGGUUCCAGAUGCAGAGAGGCUCAAGUACCACGAAUCUAGACUGGAGAAUUUGGAGGUUUUCUUUGAGCACGAUAGUUCGGUAAUGGAUUUGGGAGCAUAUAGGGCGUCGUUGUGGCUGCAAUAA